AUGGUCGCUCCGCGGCCGCUCCGCCGGCUGGUGCUUUUUUAUCAGGGCAAGCUGUGUUCCAUGGCAGGGAACUUUUGGCAGAGCUUCCACUAUUUGCAGUGGAUUUUGGAUAAACAAGAUCUGUUGAAGGAGCGCCAAAAGGACUUAAAAUUUCUCUCAGAAGAAGAAUAUUGGAAAUUACAAAUAUUUUUUACAAAUGUUAUCCAAGCAUUAGGUGAGCAUCUUAAAUUAAGACAACAAGUUAUUGCCACUGCUACCGUCUAUUUCAAGAGAUUCUAUGCCAUGUAUUCUCUGAAAAGUAUAGAUCCUGUAUUAAUGGCUCCUACAUGUGUGUUUUUGGCAUCCAAAGUAGAGGAAUUUGGAGUAGUCUCAAAUACAAGAUUGAUUUCUGCUGCUACUUCUGUAUUAAAAACUAGAUUUUCAUAUGCCUUUCCAAAGGAAUUUCCUUAUAGGAUGAAUCAUAUAUUAGAAUGUGAAUUCUAUCUUUUAGAACUAAUGGAUUGUUGCUUGAUAGUGUAUCAUCCUUAUAGACCUUUGCUCCAGUAUGUGCAGGACAUGGGCCAAGAAGACAUGUUGCUUCCCCUUGCAUGGAGGAUAGGUAAUGAUACCUACAGAACGGAUCUUUGUCUACUGUAUCCUCCUUUCAUGAUAGCUUUAGCUUGCCUUCAUGUAGCCUAUGUCGUACAGCAGAAAGAUGCCAGACAAUGGUUUGCUGAACUUUCUGUGGAUAUGGAAAAGAUUUUGGAAAUUAUCAGGGUUAUUUUAAAAUUAUAUGAACAGUGGAAGAAUUUUGAUGAAAGGAAAGAGAUGGCAACAAUUCUUAGUAAGAUGCCGAAACCAAAACCACCUCCAAACAGUGAAGGAGAGCAGGGUCCAAAUGGAAGUCAGAACUCUAGCUACAGCCAAUCUUAAAACAUUCCGAAGAAUUCCAUAGUGGACCACUUGGAAAUAAACCAUUGGACAGAUUUCAGUAAUGUCUUCAAUGGAACACAAAUGAAAAUGAAUAGCUUGUUUCUGUCAAGCAUACUUGGAAGUGAUUUUAUUUUUGCAAAAUAAGUUUUUCCUUACCUAAGUUGAUUCUAGUAUAUAAUUGAUCAAAAUCUCCUGGUUAUAAAAGUUUGGAAAGGUUCUAAAAGGACCUGUAGACAGAUAGACAUUUCAAAAUUAAUAAGUUUUGUUCAAUAUUUCUUAAUUUGGAUAAUAGAAAAAAUUUAAGCUAGGAAACAAAACAUAAGUGCUUAAAACUAUCUUUGGUCAUUGAAGGACCAAAAAAGGAAGUAAAAAGUCAAAAUGUGAGGUUGUUUUUUUUUUUUCACUUCAUAAGUUAAACUUUAAAACUCUGUUUAAGGAAUCAUGUCUUACAAAAUCCUGGAAGAUUUUAGUGAUGAUGUGUAUAAUUUCAGGGAAAUUAAUCAAGUAUCUGUUGAUUUCAAAAUGUAUAAAAGCUCAGCCUAGUAGAAAAGUGCAAUAUGAGGGGUCUUGAAAAAAAUGUAUGGAAAAUGCAUAUUAUGAAAUAACUAUGCAUGGAUUUAAAGAUUUUCUUGCACCAAGACCAACCUUUAAUUCCAUUUUUCCAUGAACUUUUUAAGUCUCCUUAUAUGUAUACCAUAUUUUAGCAGUUUAAAAGUUACAUUAAUUCUGUAACCAUUUGAAAUGCUGGGCAAACUUUUAAAAAAAAAACCCUACAUGAAGAUACUUGGAAUUCAUUCAGCUAACCUGGCAUUUUGAAAGCUUAAUUGGAUCAAACACAAUUAAUAAGGUUGAAAAUUUGGUAUAAUCUUAAUGUUAAUUUUUAUUCUGCUGUGAAAAGUUUUUAUAAAGUAUAUACACCUUAGUUUAAUUUUGUCUCUUAGUGUGGAUUUACAAACUUAAUACAGGUAUCCUGAGCCAGGAACACAAUCAGGUUUCAGGCCAGUUUGAUACUGGCUUUUCUUAAGUAGGACUUCAGACUAAAUGUUUUGUCAGUGGGACUGUGCUGUCUGUGGAACUUAAUAAAUUAAUCAUUUUAUUCA